AAAUGUUGUUUAAUAGUAUUUUUAUAUUACGUAAUAUUCAUAAAUUGACGUCUAUUUCUCGACAUAGUUGUGCCACGAUUUUGACGUCAUAAGUAUCACGUCAUCGGUCUGUGACUUAUAGCCGUUAAAUCCUAGUCAUUAUGAUUUCGUUUUUGACGUCUUUUAUGACGUGAGUUUCGUCAUGAGAUUGACUUAAAAAUGACGUUAUAUUGACGACAGCUUGCUACCUGGGUACCUUCCCUGUUUCUUAAUAUUUCGUUUCUCACUCUCUUCUUGUUAUUACAGGAUUCAUUAAGUAUACUAUUAUAAGUACACAAUUUAAAAAAAACUUCUAGAAUUGACAUAACAUGUCAGCGUUAAAGAAAAAAGGGAAAUUUACAAUUGUGAGUUUUACAAAGUCUGGCAAUGACUCUGAGCAAACCUGUAUAGACUGUGUACCUUCAGCAUGGGUUAAUUUCGAUAGCGAAAAGCAGCAAUUAGUAACCAAGUUUAUGCCACCUCCAUACUCGGCAAAGAGAUGCAAAGCAUUGCACAAAUUGGUUAAAGAAAAUGGAAAGGCACAAACUACGUGGCCAAUUUACGAAAUAAAAAUAGUAGAUAAUGCUGGUACUUAAUUUCUAUUGUGUUUAUAUAACAUACCAUGCAUAUCUCAUGUUUUUUUGGACGCACUUUUUCAACUAUGUAUGACUGAUCCUUGUAUUUAUUUUAGAUAGUUAUUCGGAAGCUGUAUCAAAGAUUACAAAAUUAAAGCAUGACGACUACGUAUGCACUACAGAUUACGAUGUGGAAGACACAGAAAAAAUUAAAAAUACUAAAAAAAAUAUCGCUAAGAAGCAUAAGAGUAUACUUACAGUAUACGACAUGAAAGGCAACUUAUCUAUACCCCAAAAUCGUUCAUCUACAGGUAUAAUGCAAUUUAUUACUGUAAUUAAUAUCGCGCGCGCGCGCGCGCGCGCGUGUGUGUGUAUGUGUGUGUGUGUGUG